AUGGCAAACGGUAUUGGUAGGUGCUUACGUGAGUGGGGGAUAAAUAAGAUCUUCACUGUCACAGUUGAUAAUGCAAGCUCAAAUGAUGUGACAGUAAAAGAAUUAUCUAAGCAAUUAACAAAAAUGGGAACUAAUUUGAUGAAUAGUACUCACCUUCACGUGAGAUGUAUGACUCACAUCAUGAAUCUUGUGGUCCAUGAUGGUUUAAAAGAAACUUCAGUGUCUAUUGAACGUGUAAGGCAUGCAGUGAGAUAUGUUAGGCAGUCUCUUGCAAGGUUGAAGAGGGUUGUUGAAUUUGAAAGUGCAUUUUCACAUUAUGCUUCUAGUGAAAUUGGUUUGAGAUAUUAUCUUGAGCAUUCUUAUAUUGAUGUUGGAAUUCCUACAGUUGCUGUCUAUUUGAAGCAAUUGUUAGCAAAUGAAGAUAUAAUUUUAAGUGAAAUGGCAAAGAAUAUGAAAGAAAAGUUUGAUAAGUAUUGGGAUGAUCCAGGGAAAAUGAACAAGAUAAUUUUUAUCACUUGUACGGGGGCAACUAUACAAGCAGAAGUGGCGAAGUACAUGACUUCAUUAUUCAGUGAGUAUGUAAAGUCCAGCUUAAAAGGUGUUGUGCUUGCUUCAUCUUCAGGCUGUUCUUCAUUGGGCACUUCGACUUCCGGGCUUUCUGGCAGUCAAGCAAGCACCCAAAAUAUAGGACUUUUAGAAUCACUCAUGAAAGAUAUAAAAAACUAUAAAAGUGGGAGUGGAGGUGUUGAUACUAGAACAGAAUUAGAUAAAUAUUUAGGUGAAGAAACUGAGGAUGACACUAAAGAAUUUGAUGUUCUUCUUUGGUGGAAAUUGAACUCAGCUAGAUUUCCUAUUCUUGCGGAGAUGACCCGUGAUGUAUUAGCUGUUCCGGUUUCAAGUGUGGCAUCCGAAUGUGUGUUUCGUACGGGAGGACAUCUUCUUGAUUCAUUUAGGAGUUCAUUAACUCCUAAAUUGGUGCAAGCUCUAGUGUGUCUUCAAGAUUGGCUUCGAAAUGAAAAAUUAAAACAACCCAUUAGUGUUGAGGAAGAUCUUGAUAAAAUCGAGCAGCUUGAACAAGCUUGGCCUGGCCUGCUAUCUUCGCAAAUGCGAACAAUUGUUCGCAAAUGCGACCACAGUUCAAGUCGCAAUUGCGGCGAUGAACUUCGCAAAUGCGAAGGUCGCCUGCCCAACCUCCUGAUCGCAAAUGCGAAGGGUGUUCGCAAAUGCGAUGCUUGCAUUUGUGAGCCAGACUCCGCAAAUGCGAA